AUUUACAGAAGAAGAAUGGAAGACACUAAGCAAACAGGACAAGGCUACAUAUAGAGAGGUGAUGGUGCAGAAUUAUGAAAUGAUGACUUCUGUAGGGUGCCGAGUUCCAUCAGGAUACUUAUUGUCACUGAUUGAGAGGGAUGAGGAAUUGUCAUAUGAUGAUGUAAAGGAAGAAAGGAAUGGACAGAAUGAGGUUCCCUAUGAAGCAGUGACCAGCAUUUCCAAACCUGCUGAUCUUGAAGAAGAAGAAUGUGAUAAAAACUCUCAGCUUUCAGGUCACAUGGAUUUUAAAGAAGAAAAAAAAAUGGGUAUUCAUGAUGAGCACAAAGAGGAACACAAGCUGCUAACUCCUACUCCCAAGAAGAGCCUUGCCGAAGACCAGAGCGUCACAGGUUCUUCUUAUGAACAGUAUUUGUCAGAUCCAGUGGCAUUAAUUAAACACACAUUCAGAGAAUAUCAGAAUAUUCAUUACAUGAAGAGAAGUACUGCACCAGAAGCACCUUUUCGUGUUUUGACUAAUAGAAGGCAUUUCACCCAGAUGGUAAAGUUUUCACUACAGAGACAAGUUCGUGUAAGAGAGAAGCCUUACAAAUGCAAUGACUGUGGCAAAAGAUUUCCCAUUAAAUCAAGACUUGCAGUACACCAGCAGAUUCACAGUGGAGUGCAGCUGAAGCGUUUUGAGUGCACAGAGUGUGGAAAGUAUUUUAAAUGGAAUUCUGACCUAAAGGUCCACCAAAGAAUACAUACGAAAGAAAAACCAUUUAAGUGUAGUGAAUGUGGAAGGUGUUUUACUCAUAUGUCAACUCUCUCUAGGCAUAAACGGAUCCACACACGAGAGAAACAUUUUCGGUGUGCAAAACCUUUUCAAUGUACCGAUUGUGGGAAGGUAUUCAAACAGUCUUCAAAGCUUAAAGCUCAUUCUCGAGUCCAUAAAGGAGAGAGACUGGUACAGUGCUCUGAAUGUGAAAAGAGGUUCUUUGAUGAGUCAGCUCUUGCAAGACAUAAACAGGUGCACACAGGAGAGAGACGUCUGCAUUGUACUGAAUGUGGAAAGGGUUUCAUCUAUCCGUCUUCUCUUGCUAGACACAAACAUAUUCAUGCAAGAGAUAAGCCACUUCAGUGCCCUGAUUGUGAAAAAUGUUUCUAUUAUCGGUCUUCUUUCACUAGGCAUUUGAUGAUUCAUACAGGAGAGAAACCAUUUCACUGUAGUGACUGUGGGAAGGGUUUUUUUCAGAGAACAUGUCUUAAAAGUCAUGAAUUGAGACACAUGUUGGAAAAAUCAUUUAAAUUAUCUGAUGGAGAUGCUCAGCAGAUGCCACUUUUGUCUGAAAAUAACCAAUUUCAUAUUGAAGAAAAAUUAUUUAAAUGUACCAUUUGUGGAAAGAAUUUCACCCUCAAAUCUUCUCUUACUAGACACAUGCGCAUUCACACAGGAGAAAAGCCAUAUCAAUGUACUGAGUGUGACAAGAGUUUUUCCCAGCGAUCUUCCCUUAAAAGUCAUCAACUGAUUCACACAGACGAGAAACCUUUUACAUGUCCAGUAUGUGGUAAGUGUUUCAGACUCUUAUCUUCUCUUUCAGACCAUAAAUGGAGCCAUGUGGGACAAAAACCAUUUAAAUGUGACAGUUGUGAAAGGAGUUUCACUUUUAAGUCGCACCUUGUCAGACACCAGCGGGUUCACACGGGAGAGAAACCUUUCAAAUGCUUAGAAUGUGGCAAGUGUUUUACAAGACCAACUGGUGUUGUAAGACAUCAGCGGACUCACAAAGGAAGCAUGGAAUCAUUAAAAGUCCUUGAAUAUUUGGACGAAUUAAAUCAAGAGCAGUACAGAUCAGUGUUUACAAAACCAGAAGAAGUAUUUAAAGAAACAGAACAAGAACAAAAGAUCAGAAACUUAAGCAUGAAUGAAUGUGGGAAACUGUGACAUACAGACACAUGCACAAACAAGUCACACUAAUUUAUACUUGCAUGGUGAUGCAGUUUUUGAGAAGAGUUUCAUUUCAGCAAAUUGAAAUAUGGGUGCGAUUAGGUUUGAUUUGCAAGAAUUAUGAAUUGAUACAUCUAGUAAGACACCUUUGUUUGGUAUGCAUCUGAAUAAUUUUAACAAGAUGUAAUUCAUCCUGUAAUCUAUAUGUUGCAGAAAAUGCUGCAGUCAUGAAUUUUACAAGGUCACAGAGAAUCUAAAAGAAAGAAUGACUAAUAUCAGGCAAAAGAAAACUGGGAACUUAGUGCAAGAAUACAUACAGUAGUAUGCUUAUUGGAAUAUUGUGUAUAAUAAGCUAGCUUUUUGCAUAGAAAAAUACUAUUGUGCAAAAGAAAAUUGAAUUAAUGUGAAAACAAAUGUAAUAUCUUAAUCCUAGAGAACUUCUAGAAUGAGUCCACUCAGUACAGUUGUUGUAAUUUAUUACUUAACUAGAACUGUGGGCUUAUUCAAGCAGAUGAAUGUCAGACAUGACCCAAGGUAAAAAUCAUAAAAAAAUAAACACAUAAAUUACUAAA